AUGGGCAGCCCGCACAACGGCGCCAGGGUCAGCCACUCGGUCUCGUUCCUCCUCGGGGCUCUUCUCCCCGCCCUCUUGCUAUUCUUCCUCGCUUCCGACAGGGUCGGCGAGCAGCUUUCAAGCAUAGCGAGCUUGGCAAACGGAUCACCUCAUCAGCAGAAUUCCUAUGCCAACCUCUCAACCGAUGGUUCAGGUGCUGAAAAGGUACAUAUGUAUGAGGAGGAGAGCUUCCCGGGCCUGCCGGAGCUGCUGUCCAAGGUUGCCAUGGACGACCGGACGGUGAUCAUCACGCUAGUCAACGAGGCUUGGUCGGCGGAGGGGUCGCUGCUGGAUCUCUUCCGCGGGAGCUUCCGCGACGGCGAGGGGAUUGCGCACCUUCUGAACCACACCCUCAUCGUCGCCGUCGACCCCGGCGCCAUGGCGCGCUGUGAGGCCGUGCACCCACACUGCUACUUCCUCGAGGUCGCGGCUACCAAUGUCAGCUCCGCCAACCGCUUCAUGAGCAAGAGCUUCAUGGAGCUCGUCUGGGCCAAGCUCUCCCUCCAGCAGCGCAUCCUCCAGCUCGGCUACAACUAUCUCUACACUGAUGUGGAUAUCGUGUGGUUCCGCGACCCAUUCCGGCACAUCAAUCUAUACGCCGACAUGGCCAUCUCCACCGACUUCUUCAGCGGCAACCCCGACGACGCCGUGAAGAACGCGCCUAACACCGGCUUCUACUACGUCAAGUCGACUAACCGGACGGUGGAGAUGCUGAGGCGCUGGAGGGCUGCGAGGUCGUUGCCCCGGCCGGGCGGCGGCGGCCCGACCAACGACCAGGGGAUCUUCAAUGAGAUCAAGGCCGGCCUCGUUGCCGGCGAGCUGCAGAUCAGGUUAGUGUUCCUAGAUACAGUAUUCUUCGACGGUUUCUGCCGGCUCCACGGUGAGAUGGACAAGGUCUGCACGAUGCAUGCCAACUGCUGCAUCGGGCUCGAGACCAAGGUGCACGACCUGAGGAACGUGCUCGCCGACUGGAAGAACUACUCGAGCCUGACACCGCCGGAGAAGACGGGCGCCCAGCUCAAGUGGAGGUACCCUGCCGAGUGCCACGAGUCGAUUAAAACACUUUUAGGGUGA